AUGGCCGAUAAGGUCAUUCUUACGGAGGUGCUUGAAGCAUCAAAUUUAACGGAGACCUACGCUGAAUUCACUGCGCACACAUUAAUCAAUGAACUUCGCCAUGUUCGCGACGAUCCAUCGGUUCGUUACUAUGGGUUGGACGAUCGAGCGGAGCUCGGCGAGCCAGCCGAUCAACGGACCGCACAGGAGGCCUCCGCCAAGGAAGAUAACACUUUCACCGUUGAUGACGCUGUGGAAGCGCUAGGAUUUGGUCGAUUUCAAGUGAAAUUGAGUCUGUUGACUGGGAUCGCUUGGAUGGCGGACGCGAUGGAAAUGAUGCUGCUCUCGUUACUUUCACCGGCGCUCGCCUGUGAAUGGGGUGUGGCGCCCGUGCAGCAAGCACUCGUCACCACUUGUGUGUUUAGCGGAAUGAUGUUGAGCAGCACAUUCUGGGGGAAGACCUGCGACAGAUUUGGUCGUAGAGUGGGCCUCAUCGCUUCCACACUCGUUGCUUCGGUGAUGGGAGCGAUCAGUGGUUUUUCGCCAAGCUUCUAUGUUCUGCUCUUUUUCCGUGGUCUAACAGGAUUUGGUAUCGGCGGAGUUCCGCAAUCAGUCACUCUCUACGCUGAAUUUCUUCCCACUCAACAAAGAGCAAAAUGCGUAGUAUUGAUCGAAUCAUUUUGGGCGAUUGGAGCCGCGUUCGAGGCUCUGUUGGCCUACCUGGUGAUGGCCACGUGGGGUUGGAGAGUGCUGUGGCUCCCUGAAUCGGCUCGAUUCGACAUGGCCUGCGGUCGUCCCGAAAAAGCGCUGGCCACUUUACAGAAAGCCGCCAAGGAGAACCGUGUAAAACUUCCAGACGGUCGAUUGGUAGCAUCCACAUCCCAUUCUGCUGAACAACGAGGUGACAUCUCGAAUCUUUUGUCACGGGAUUACCGCAGCACAACAUUGCUAUUGUGGUUCAUAUGGGCUGUGAAUGCGUUCUCAUACUACGGUAUGGUGUUGUUCACUACCGUACUCUUCCAGUCCCAUGACGAAUGUCAUGGUGGAUUGUUCUCGAAUGGAACUCAACUCGAAUUGUGUCAUCCGCUCACACGGAAAGACUAUUUCGACCUGUUAUCCACCACUAUGGCCGAAUUUCCAGGAUUAAUCAUUACUGUAGUAAUCAUUGAAUGGUUUGGAAGGAAGAAAACUAUGGCACUGGAGUUUGCCGUGUUUUCACUGUUCACAUUUGCACUCUAUUUCUGUUUGGAUAGGUUUACUGUAACGACGAUGAUUUUCGUUGCUCGAGCUUUUAUCUCUGGUGCCUUCCAGUGCGCUUAUGUGUAUACUCCAGAGGUUUAUCCAACAACUCUUCGAGCCGUUGGUUUGGGUGCUUCGUCUGCAAUGGCACGAAUCGGCGCCAUUAUCACUCCAUUUGUAGCGCAGGUAGCAUCCGGAAAAUCGCUCUCUCUACCCAUAGGGAUCUAUGGAACAACCGCUUUACUUGGACUAAUCGCCUCAUUGUCUCUUCCAAUAGAGACCAGAGGCCGAAAGAUGCAGUAUGAUGAAGGAAAAUCUGAAAAUCUUUGGAAAAAAGUACAGGAUCUGAGUUUUAGAAAGUAUUUCCUCGUCUAG